UGUGUGGGAAUUCUCCCCACACAGCCGAGACUCCCAAUUAAUGAAGCGUCUGGCCCAAAUACGAGAUAAAAUACGUGGAUGUUUUAACAACUUGAAUGACACCAUUAUGGGCCUCAGUGCUAGGACCAUUAAUGGGAAGUUAGUCUCGGCCAAAAUAUAUGACCUUUUAAGAACUAAAGGGAACCCUAGGACUCCAAUGAGUUUCAUUUGGAAGUCCUAUAUUCCUCCAAAAUUCUCUUUUAAUGUUUGGUUGGCCUUAAGGAACCGACUACCCACCCAGGAUAGCCUCGGUUACCUAAACAUGGUCAAUAGAUGUGACUUGUGUAAAAGUGGAUUGGAAACAAUCCCACACUUAUUCUUCCUUUGCCCCUUCACUUGUAGGGUAUGGGACAAGAUUAGAGAAUGGAUGGGACUUGGGCACGAAAUGACUACUCUGCUUAGUUCAAUCAAAUGGAUCACGAAGACCCACAAAGGGUCAACAUUGAAAGCAAAAGCGGCAAGACUUGCGUUCUGUGCAUCGGUCUACUAUAUUUGGCAUACAAGAAAUGAGAACUUAUUUGAUGAUGGAACAAAAACAGAGGAUAAUGUGAUAGCAAAGGUCAAGCAUAUGGUAUAUAAAAUACUUUUUAGUAUUUACCCAUAUGACCUGAUCAAAUUUUGAUGGACCA